CUGGGCUCCGGACCAAUGGCAGGGAGGGCAGACGGGUCAGGUGAUCUCCGCUGGCGAGGCGACGGUUGGCGGGUGGGCCGGAGGACGGUCCGUGAGGCAGACAGGGAAAUGAAUAUCCGCAACGCCCGGCCCGAGGACCUGAUGAACAUGCAGCACUGCAACCUGCUGUGUCUGCCUGAGAACUACCAGAUGAAGUAUUACUUCUACCACGGACUCUCGUGGCCGCAGCUCUCCUACAUCGCAGAGGAUGAGAACGGCAAGAUCGUGGGCUACGUGCUGGCGAAAAUGUAAGUGGCUCCGUCCCGGGACAAGGUCAGGACCACAGAG